AACCGAAAGUCUGUAUAAAAAGAUCUCUCGGCCGGCACACCCACAGAGCGAUAGAGAGAGAGAGAGAGUCACAGAGAGUCCAAUCUCAUCGUUCGCUGCGGUGUUCGUUUUCAUAUAUAUAUAUAUAUGCGCAAAUAUCUAGAGAGAGAGAAACUGUGAGAAAUUGGAGGAAAUUGUGCAACAUUUGGUUCUGUGAGAAGCAGUAGAUCCCACUGGACCUACCUACCGUGUAUGUGGAUCGCUUCCUUUUGUUUUGUUUUUUUUAACUUUGGAAUUCAAGUUUUCUGAGGUGUUUGAGAGCUGAAUUGUGAAAAAGUUGGUCGAAAUUCAGAUCAAAGUUGUAUUGUAGGUGAUAAUUCUGCAAGCAGAGAAGAUUUUCUAGCUGAAUUGCUCGUGUUCGGAUUUUCUCGGAAAUCACGGGGAUUAAAUUUUAAUUUUCUCGGGAACAUUGAUAAACACCUGCAUGAAUCCACAAUUCGGCUCCGUAACUGAAGAAUCUGAAGUGAAUUGGGAAAAGAAUUUCGGUUUUUGGAUAGAGAGAGAGUGAAUGCGCCUCCGAUCUUCAGUCGGAGGCUGAAACUUCUCUCAGAAGCUUCCUCUUUCCUUCUUCAUAUCGCGGAUCUGAGCAACAUCGGAGUAAUUUGAUUCUAGAAACCUGAUAAUUUUCGUUUUUGAAUUCUGAAAUUCAAAGCUUGGAUUGGAGGUGCCGAUUCUCUGGAGUCCUGUUUUCCGAGAAUUCAAACGGCUUUGUAGGAAAAUUUCCAUCUGCGGAUGGAGCUUCCUCAACCCCGUCCCUUUGGAGCCGAAGGAAGAAAAUCAACACACGACUUUCUUUCACUGUAUUCACCUGUCCAAGAUCCAAAACCUUCUCAAGGGGGUUACCUUAAAACUCAUGACUUCCUGCAACCACUGGAAAGGUUAGGGAAAAACAUUGCCAAGGAAGAAAAUACAGUUGAGAUCACUAAAUUGGAGAAGCCUCUGCUGCCAGCUCCUCCUCCUCCUUCUUCAGGAGGCGAACACCUCCUCCCUGGUGGGAUCGGGACUUACAGCAUCAGUCACAUUUCUUAUUUUAAUCAAAGGUUUCUCAAGCCAGAAGCUCCUACCAUACUUACAGUGGCUGAGGCAAGUAGUACAGAUCGAAACAACGAUGAGAACUCCAACUGCAGUUCUUACACGGGAAGUGGGUUCACACUGUGGGAAGAAUCUGUGGCUGCAGCUGUGACGAAGAAGGGAAAGACAGGGAAGGAGAAUAUUACUGGAGACAGACAUGUUCCCAGAGAAACAGGGGUUAAGAUGGGCGGACGACAAGGAGGCCAAUGGACGACGUCGUCAGAGCGGCCAUCACAGUCAUCUUCCAACAACACCACCACCACCACCAACCACCGCAACCCCACCACCAUCUUCAGUUCACAGCCACAGAAGAAUCAGAGUUUCAUGGAUAUGUUAAAAUCUGCUAAGGGUGCCCACGAUGAGGACGAUGACGAUGACGAUGAGUUUGUUCUCAAGAAAGAACCCUCUCCCCACCUCAAAAAUGAUUUGACAGUAACAGUGGCAGCUGAGGGUGGGAAGAGCACUGAUCACAAGCCUAACACCCCACGAUCAAAGCACUCUGCAACCGAGCAGCGUCGGAGGAGCAAAAUCAAUGACAGAUUUCAGAUGUUGAGAGAGCUCAUCCCUCACAGUGACCAAAAGAGAGAUAAAGCAUCAUUCUUACUAGAGGUUAUCGAGUACAUUCAGUAUUUGCAAGAGAAAGUGCAUAAAUAUGAGGGGUCAUACCAGGGAUGGAACCAAGAACCACCAAAGUUGAUGCCAUGGCAGAGGAACAGUCACCAGCCUGCAGAAGUUUUCAUGGAUCAAUCUCAAGCCACAAAUAGUGGCUCUUGCCCAGCAUUAAUGUUUGCGGCAAAGUUUGAUGAGGAUAACAUCAUUGGCUCACCAACCAAUCCCAGGAAUGGACAGAAUGCUGUAGAAUCUGACAUGAGCACUGUCACUACUGUGAAAGCAAUUGAUCACCACUCUGGAUUAACAAAUAAGGCAGUGCCCCUUCCUGUGCCUGUGCAGCCAAAUAUUUUCACUCCUAGUGGAAGUGGCACCGCAAUGGCUCCAAUUCCAGCUAGAGUGAAGUCUGAUAUCGAAAACUUGACAUCUCAACCUCAAUCCCAAUUCUGGCAGGGCAGAUCGUGCCCAACCGAUUGUGCUGUUGCAAGCAAUAAGCUAAAGGAACAGGAACUGACUAUUGAAAGUGGUAGAAUUAGCAUCUCAAGUGUAUAUUCUCAAGGGUUGCUAAAUACUUUGACACAAGCACUGCAGAGUUGUGGAGUAGAUUUGUCACAAGCCAGCAUCUCGGUUCAAAUUGAUCUUGGGAAGCGAGCAACUAGUAGAUUGCCUGCCUCGACAUCCACAGUUAAGGAUAAUGACAUUCACUCUAGCAAUCCAGCGAUGGCACGUUCUAGAGGUGCAACCAGUGGUGAGGAGUCCGAUCAAGCCCUAAAGAGGCUCAAGAAAAGCUAGUACGACAUUUUAAUAAUCUUCUUUUUUCUUUCCUAAUCUGAUUUAUUCAUUUUUUUGGGAUUCCCUUGUUCUUAUUGGGUAUAUUAUUGAUGUAUUUUCCUGGGUAUACAAACUAUUGAGAUAAGAGAGACCAAGAAAGAUCCAUUGUACAUGUAGUGUUUUUCCAGAUUGUUAGGAUGAUGCACAGAUUUUCCUGACAACCAAACAUGUAUUAUUUAUAUUUCAUUUGUUUGUCAUUUUACUGGUGUAGACGCUUCCAUUAUGACGUUGAGAAGCUGCUUUUUUCAUUCAAGGCUUCCAUUAAUGUGAAGUUUCCAAGUUCUUCCCAAA